GGCGGGGCGGGUGGGGGAGAACCCGGAAGUGCUGAGGGGCGAACGGCGGCGGCGCUCGGCAGCGCCCGGCCCACGUGGAUCAUGCCGGGCCCCGGCAGCGCGGGGCUGGCGCCGGAGGAGCGCGUGCGGCGGCUGAUCCAGGCGGGGAGCAGCGUGGAGGUGAGCGAGGACAUCCCCCCGCGGCGCUACUUCCGCUCGGGCGUGGAGAUGCUGCGCAUGGCCACCGUCUACUGCGAGGAGGGCAACCUGGAGCACGCCUUCAUCCUCUACAACAAGUACAUCACGCUGUUCAUCGAGAAGCUGCCGCAGCACCGCGAUUACAAAAGCGCCGUCAUUCCUGAGAAGAGGGAGACGGUCAAAAAACUGAAGGAAGUAGCCUUUCCCCGAGCUGAAGAGCUCAAGGAGGAGCUGCUAAAGAGGUACGCCAAGGACUAUGCUAAGUACAAGGAGCAGGAGCAGCAGCUGGAGGAGGAGAAGACUCGGGUAGCCCUGAUGAAGCAGCAGCAGGCAGAGCAGGAGCAGUUCCACGCCUUCGAGGAGAUGAUCCGGCGGCAGGAGCUGGAGAAGGAGCGCCUGAGGAUAGCACAGGAGUUUGGAAAGCCAGAGCCAGAGUCUGUGGAUGGACCCCUCAUCCCUGGCGUGGAAAAGCCCCCAACAGACCUAAUCCCAAAGGUUCCAGUCUCUCCAGUUCACCCAGCAAGUCCAUCAGUGGGGACUGUCCCGUCCAAACCUCCUGUUGUGGACAGAUCUUUGAAGCCCAGUGCUUUGGGGAGCACAGAGAACAGUGCAGGUGUGGAUGUCCUGCGCCAGGUGAUUGUCCCCAGGGAGCUGUGCCACAAGUUCCUGCAGCUGGCUGACGCCAACACGGCGCGGGGCGUGGAGACCUGCGGCAUCCUCUGCGGGAAGCUGAUGAGGAACGAGUUCACCAUCACCCACGUCAUCGUGCCCAAGCAGCUGGGAGGGCCUGACUCCUGCACCACAGAGAGUGAGGAGGAGCUCUUCAUCAUCCAGGACCAGCAUGGCCUGGUCACCCUGGGCUGGAUCCACACCCACCCCACCCAGACAGCCUUCCUGUCCAGCGUGGACCUGCACACCCACUGCUCCUACCAGAUGAUGCUGCCAGAGUCCAUCGCCAUCGUGUGCUCCCCCAAGUACCAGGAGACAGGGUUUUUCAAGCUGACAGAGCAUGGCCUGGAGGAGAUCUCAUCCUGCAGACAGAAGGGGUUCCACCCUCACCCCAAAGACCCCCCUCUCUUCACAACCUGCAAUCACGUGUCAAUAGUGGAGAGAGACGUGGUGAUGAUGGACCUCAGAUAAACCUCUUGCCUUGUCCCUUCUCACAACCCUCCUUUAGGCCCAGGGAACCGGUUUUGUUCUCCUGUAGCAGAUGAUUUCCAUGUAGUGAUCCCUCCCUCCCUCCCACUCCGUGGUGGAAUGGGAUCCCUGCCCUCUGCAGGAGCCCCUGGCCCUCAGUGCCUGGCGUGGGGCUGCCAGGGGCUCCAGCUGUGGGGAGAAGCCAGCUGGGAGCUCAGACACAGAAGCCAACACUAAAGCAGUUGUUUAACUCUAAUCCAAGCCUUGAAUGGCCUCCUGGGGAGGUUCCCUGUGACUUGCUGCAACCCUGAGGUGUGGAAAUCUCUUCAAGUGCUUUUGGGACUUGUCCAGUUUAACCCAUGUCCUGUUUUGUCCCUCAUUCUGGGCUGCUCCAUCUCAGCACAGCUUCCAGGAGCAGAUAAAUCUUCCUAUUUAAAAUUUU